AUGGAAUCUUUACCAAAUGCGCAGCCAAAUGUGCAGCCAGAUGAAGCUUCUGCUAGCCAAACCGGUGGCACGUCGCGAAGCCAGAGCUUUUCCUCCCAGAAGUCGGAUGAUUCCCAUACAGCAGCGGAAUUUAUCACAUCUCAACUAGAGCUCGAAGCCGAGGCGCAGACAAACACAAAGGGUGAUGUACACUCAGAAGCUCCAGAUUCCAAGAAUAAAUACAAUCACAAUUUCAGAAAUCGUUUCUGCGGUUGCGCAUGCGACUAUGAUGCUUACAAAGAGAAGGGUACGAUGUUUCAAUGCUUAGGACUAGGCGGUGCUGAUGAAGAUGGUUGUGGCGAGGAUUGGUGGCAUCCUGGAUGUAUUGUAGGUUUAGGUCCAAAUUGGUACGAAACGAUGAGCAAUAAGAGCUCAUCCAAGAAUUCGAAGCAAAAGAAUGAAGGCCCUUUGGAAUCAAUUGCAGAAGUUGUGGAACCAGCCGCGAUAGAAGCAGAUAAUGAUGGAAUUGGGCACAACAAAAUUGAAACGAAUGCGCCGAAAAGCGAUACAGUCGCGCAAGAGGAUGAGGAGGAAGAUCCACCUUUACCUCCAGGAUUUCCUGAUGAAGACGAUUUUGAAGGAUUUAUUUGUUACAAAUGUGUUGAUGCAAAUCCAUGGAUCAAAAGAUAUGCCGGCACACCUGGUUUUCUCGCGCCUGUUUUCAAAAGGAGUGCUGCUCCUUCUCCUGAGAGUGACAUUCCGACCAAAUCUAUGAAUCUACUUACCCCGCCGAUACCUGAGUCUAGAAAGCGCAAGUCCGAGGAUGAUGAGAUUUCUAAUGGUUCUUCAGCUUCGAAACGAGUCAAGAGUGAAGGAGGAAAGCCAGCCGGAGAGGAAUCGAAAAGCAACGAUAACAGCACUCCUGCAACAUGCAAAUUCAAGGCUUUACCAAAAGCACUAGAUGGUCAAAUGUCUUUGUUUUUCACGUCCGAAUUUCGAGAUCAUCUCUGUCAUUGUUCAGAUUGCUUUCCAAAACUAUCGAAACAUCCACAACUUCUCGAGGAGGAGGAAACCUACGAGCCGCCAGUAUCAGAAGGGGGUGAUGGAGGAAGCACUGUCGGUAGCGGAAGCAUAUAUGAUCGUGGCGAAAGUGCUCUUAAGAAUGUUGAUCGUGUUCGGGCAAUUGAAGGUGUAAUGGCGUACAAUCAUUUGAAGGAUAAAUUGAAGCCAUUUUUUCAAAAGUUUGCAGAAAGUGGACAGGCUAUUAGUGCAGAAGAUAUUAAAGAACACUUUGCGAAGAUAAGAGGUGAUGAACAGGCUGUUAGGGGUGCUGAUGAGGGUGCUAAGGCGGAGGAUAAUAGAAAGGAGCAAAGCGGUUAUUGA